AUGUAAGUAGUCUCUACUGAGCUGAACUAUCAUAUAACAGAAGGAGUGAAAACUGUCGUGCCUGUACAAACUCCAUCUGCUGAUUCAGAUCAUGUAAAACUCCACAACAGCCAUUCCAAGAAAUGGCCUCCAUCAACAGUCUCUUAUCUGAGGAGCAGCUUUGUUGUCACAUCUGCCUGGAUGUGUUCACUCAGCCGGUUUCCACUCCAUGCGGACACAACUUCUGCAUGUCCUGUAUCACGUCUUACUGGGACAACACGCAAGUCAGCCGCUGUCCGGUCUGUAAGGACACAUUUGAAAGAAGACCGGAGCUCAAGGUCAACACUUUCAUCUCUGAGCUGGCGUCACAGUUCAAGUCGCUUCAAGUGACAGACGCUCCUAUCAUGAGCUCGGACCAGCAGUCAGCUUGCAGUGUUGGGUCCGUGCUGUGCGAUAUUUGCACUGAUACUCAGCAAGAGGCGGUCAAAUCCUGUCUGGAGUGUCUGACGUCUUACUGCGACGUCCAUGUGGAGCCUCAUCACAGAGCCGCCGGCCUGAAGAGACACACGCUGAUUAACCCCUCGGCGAAUCUCGAGGACAGGAUCUGCACGGAGCACACCCGACUCCUGACCCUGUUCUGUAGAGACGAUGAGGUUUUGCUGUGCGACGUCUGCGCCGGUUUGCAUCACGCAAAUCAUGACGUUGUUCCUGUGCAGCGAGCGUACUACCAAAUGACGGCUCUCCUCGGGGACACUGAGGUUAAAGUGCAGCGGAUGAUCCAGGAGAGGCUGCAGAAGGUGCAAACCAUGAAGGAGUCAGUAGCUGAAAGCAAGAAAGAAAGCAAAGAUGUGAUCACAAACUGCGUGCGGGACUUGACGGCGCUGGUCUCUGAGAUCCAGAUGAGCCAGACGGAGCUCGUUAAAGUGAUCGAGGAGAAGCAGGAGGCAGCAGAAAAACAGGCGGAUGGGGUUAUCGACAGCAUGGAGCGAGAGAUCAGCGAGCUGCAGAAGACAAUGACGAAGAUCAGGGAAGUGAAACAGACUGAGGACCAGCUUUGUUUCCUCCAAAGCCUGCCAAAACCAUCCACCAUACCACAUACAAACGAUCUGUCCACAGUCAGGUUUAACAGACCGAAAGACAUACACCACAUGCAGCAAUCUAUGAAAAAAUCCGUGUCUCAACUGCAAAUGUUUCUGAGUAGAAUGAACACAGAAAUACAAAAACUCUCUGAUGGCACAUACGACACUACGUUGAGUUACGUGCAGCAGUACGAGGAGAACAUUCUGCUCGAUCCUGAAACAGCUCACCUCCGCCUGAUCAUAUCCAGUGACAGGAAACGGGUGAGAUUCGGGAUGGACGCAGGUUUCAGGGGAAACCAGAUCCCGAGCUUGAACAAGUUCACCGUAAAUCUCGCAGUUUUGGGACAGAGAGGCUUUGUGAAAAGGUUUUACUUUGAAGUGUUCGUGGGUGGAAAAACAGAGUGGUGUCUGGGCGUGGCCAAGGCGUCGGUCCAAAGGUGGGACCGUGUUCCUCAGAGUCAUGGUGUAGGACUCUGGGCCAUCUGGUAUCUAAAAGGUAAGGUUGAGGCCUACAGUUCUCCAAACGUGCCGGUGUACUUUGGGAAAGUGGAGCGGGUCGGCGUGUUUGUGGAUUAUGACGGAGGGAAAAUUUCUUUCUAUGACGUACAGACCGCAGCACUCAUUCACUCGUUCGCUGAGUGCGUCUUCACCGAAAAACUGUACCCGUACUUUAAUCCUUGCGACAAUGAAUACGGGUCAAACCUAGGGCCGAUGGUAAUUGUUCCUGUCAAUCGCACGGAGUGAAUGGAAGACUGUAAAUGCAUAAAAGGAGAAAUUCAGAGAGAAACGAUAACAACAUGACUGCUAAGUGUGCAGAUUAUCUCUGAUUAACCCUUAGGGCCUGCUUUAACAUUACACACACUCGUAUCGCUCCACACAUAAAAUGUGCUUUU